CCGGAGCCCCGCUCAGCCAUGGCUGAGAACCCCGGCUUGGAGAACCACCACAUGAAGAGCUUCAAGAACAAGGGCCAUGAUGUGGAAACAAUGAGAAGACACAGAAAUGAAGUGACAGUCGAACUGAGAAAGAACAAAAGAGAUGAACACUUAUUGAAAAAGAGAAAUGUUCCCCAAGAAGAAAGCUGAGAAGAUUCAGAUGUGGAUGGUGAUUUUAAAGCACAAAAUGUAACACUAGAAGCUAUAUUACAGAAUGCCACAAGUGAUAAUCCAGUGGUCCAGCUCAGUGCUGUGCAGGCAGCAAGAAAACUACUAUCCAGUGACAGAAACCCACCAAUUGAUGAUUUAAUAAAAUCAGGAAUAUUACCAAUUCUAGUCAAAUGUCUAGAAAGGGAUGACAAUCCUUCAUUACAGUUUGAAGCUGCUUGGGCACUAACUAACAUAGCCUCGGGAACAUCUGCACAGACUCAAGCUGUCGUACAGUCUAAUGCAGUACCACUUUUUCUGAGACUUCUUCAUUCACCACAUCAGAAUGUCUGUGAACAAGCAGUAUGGGCUUUGGGGAACAUUAUAGGUGAUGGUCCUCAAUGUAGAGAUUAUGUCAUAUCACUGGGAGUUGUCAAACCUCUUCUGUCCUUCAUCAACCCCUCCAUUCCCAUCACCUUCCUUCGGAACGUCACAUGGGUCAUUGUCAAUCUCUGCAGGAAUAACCCCCCACUGCCUAUGGAGACAGUUCAGGAGAUUUUGCCAGCUUUAUGUGUCCUCAUAUAUCAUACGGACAUAAAUAUUCUUGUAGAUACAGUUUGGGCUCUGUCAUAUUUGACAGAUGGAGGUAAUGAGAAGAUACAGAUGGUCAUUGAUUCAGGGGUUGUGCCAUUCCUUGUGCCCCUUCUCAGCCACCAGGAAGUGAAAGUUCAAACUGCAGCACUCAGAGCGGUUGGUAAUAUAGUGACUGGCACUGAUGAGCAGACCCAGGUUGUUCUCAAUUGUGAUGUCCUGUCACACUUCCCAAAUCUCUUGUCACAUCCAAAAGAGAAAAUUAAUAAGGAAGCAGUAUGGUUCCUUUCUAAUAUAACAGCAGGCAACCAGCAACAAGUUCAAGCUAUAAUAGAUGCUGGAUUAAUCCCUAUGAUUAUUCAUCAGCUUGUUAAGGGGGAUUUUGGAACACAAAAGGAAGCUGCUUGGGCAAUCAGCAACUUAACAAUAAGUGGCAGAAAAGAUCAGGUUAAAUACCUUGUACAACAAAAUGUAAUACCACCAUUCUGUAAUUUACUGUCAGUAAAAGAUUCUCAAGUGGUCCAGAUGGUUCUUGAUGGUCUAAAGAACAUUUUGAUAAUGGCUGGUGAUGAAGCAAGCACCAUAGCUGAAAUAAUAGAAGAGUGUGGAGGUUUGGAGAAAAUUGAAGUUUUGCAGCAACAUGAAAAUGAAGACAUAUAUAAAUUAGCAUUUGAAAUCAUGGAUCAAUAUUUCUCUAGUGAUGAUAUUGAUGAAGAUCCUAGCCUCAUUCCUGAAGCCACACAAGGAGGUACUUAUAAUUUUGACCCAACAGCCAACCUUCAAACAAAAGAGUUUAAUUUUUAAGGUCAAUUGAGUGCAGCAUCUUUCUCACGUUCAGUCUGAAGCACCACCAGAUGGCUACCAAUGAUAAGAACAACAGCAGCAGAAGGCUCCAAAACUCAUGCCUCUUCGUUUUGAUGCUUCUAAAGCAAGCCAUGUCUCAGUCACUUUCCAGUUGCCAAAAGUCACUCUCACAUGGACUGUAAAUGCAUAUGCAUGAUUUCCUAAACAGUUUUAGAAUUCUUCUAACAAUCUCAACUACCCCAUUUUUUCCCUGUUCCCUGGUGCCACAUGCUGACAACUGCAGUCUCCAGUUUAGAAUAUUUCAUAGUGGUGACAUGUCAGCUGCCCACUGAUACUCCUUUGGAAAUGGUGCGCUGUGGAUCAAGACAUUUUAGUAUGAUGCAUUUUCACAUUGGAAGACUACAGAGGUGCAGUAUGACCUGAGCCUCCAUCAUUGUUCUCCACAAACGUAUUUUCAUAUUCUUUAUGUGGACGAAUAGAUUUUAAAGUACAAGCCAAAUGAUUUUCAUUGGUGGAACUGACACACAAAAAUGACUUAAAAACAAGAAACUUGGUUAUUGAUUAAACAGAUAAGUUUUAGAAACAACUAUACUUCAUCUACCAGUAAUUGAUGUGUUUAUUAUCUGCCUCAGAAGCCAGGGUUGGAGGAAGAACUUUAGAUAUUGAUGGUAAUGCUUUCACCAUUAUACCUAAUUUUUGAGAACAGCAAGCCCUAUUUGACCACUCACUUCAGCCUGUGUGUU